AUGACUCCUCCUAAGUCUAUCAUGACUACUAUGACUGUUCGUCCCGAAGAAGGAGAAGCCAAGCCUGGCUGGCCUCCUGGCCGCGUGCCCAUAGAGCUAUUCAGCAUGAUCAUAGAGUAUCUGCCCAAACACAGCGCUCUCAAGAGACUGCGCCUUGUCAACCGGGAAUUCCACGAAAAGACACAGAUUGAAUUCUUCCAGAACACGGUAAUCAAUGUGGGCUUGAAGUUCAACGAUUCAUCGGAUUCUGGCAACUAUCACGUGGAUGGUUCGACUGCCCCUGGUGACAUCACGGAGUUCAUUAUGAGCCACAACAUGUUCCAGCGCGCGGCUCCAUUCGUCCACCGCCUCGCAUUUGCUCUCGAAAUAAGUGAGCAGGAAUUAGCGUCUCCCGAAGUUGACGAGGAAGACGAAAUUGAGGUGUGUCCCUGGGGCGUCUACAGAUGGCCUGUUGAUCGCGAGAGUCGUAGCUGCAACUUACGUCUGGACAAUAUCACCAAGUCUUUGGAGCGUACUAGAGGAAUCUCUCAUAUCUUGGGCCAAGCCACGAACAUCCAGGAACUUGCCCUAUCAUGCGGUGGCGGUUUGGGCUAUCUCCAGGGCCCGGAUGUCAGUGUCCAUAUGCCACCCGGUCCGCAACCGAUCUUCGGCAACCCCCACCCGGUUCGAGCGGCCGCAGACAGGUCGCUACCCUCUCUUAGAGUCGAGUUUCGCAAGCCUUAUAAGCAAGAAAAGAUGGAAAAGCGACUAGCUGGCAAGGGAGUUACCCGUUGGGGCAUAGCCUGGAUCAUGAAUCAACUCAUAAAGGCCGACCGUACCAACAAGCUUCCGUUCACCCAUGAGAACCGAACGCGUGCUGCCCUUCCCGUGAGCCGCUACGGCGAGCAAAGGAUCACCCGACCCGCUCCUUUGCAGCCCUCUAAUUACCGCUUGCAACCGGACCUUCUCACAGACACCCAAGUGAGACUCCUAUUCGAACAUGUUACGGCGCAGCAGGCGCUUGUCCAAGCGUUCGUACUUGGCGCUAUUAAGCACGGGGACUCUUUCGAAUACUUGACCAAGCUCAACAUCGCGCGUCUUUCAAGCUUCCAUGUACAUCAACUGUGCGUGGAGGAAUUCUGGUCGGCACUACCCCAACUGGAGGAAGUGUCUCUGGCCAUUGAGCCUGAAUGGAGAUCAGUGGCCGUGGAAGACAAAUACACCGUCGAUGUAAGACAGGUUUAUCCUACCGACGCGCUGCCCAAGGUCUUCACGCUGCUCAACGAUCACAUCGGUCGACAACCGCACAUCAAGCGAGUCCAUUUCGAGUGGCUCUGCGGAGGCGAAAUGGCUGCCGGCUGGCUUCAGAGAAACAGUUACGUCUUGCCCGCGCCGUUCUUGAAGAAGCAUCGACUGGUGAUCUGUUCAGGAGAGGACAAUCUUCUCAUCCUCCCCCACGUCACACACUUGUCUCUCAAGAACUGCUGGUUCGCUCCGAACGUAUUAUAUCGAAUCAUCCACACCAUGGCGAAGAAGCACUCCCUCGUGUCUCUUGAGUUGGAAAGCGUCUCUUUGACUGGCCCCCCGCUUUUCCGACAAGUUGCAUCAGAUCCUAAUCAAGGUAUGCCGGAUGUCGAUCCGGCUUAUCAGCCAUGGCCUCUGCCGCUCGAUGCCGCACAAGGCCAAAAACUCCCGGGUCUGAUUCAAAACCCUCUCCCGCUAUCCUGGAGCCACAUCAUCGACAUGCUGACACCAGGCCCGACGAUCAAGGAGCGCGUCUACGCGGAGGAGAACCCCUACGGCCCGCAGUUGCGCAUUCGAAAGGAGCUCAAUCUCCGAAAGCUCGUGUUCAAGUCCUGCGGCUACAUCGAGAUUCCGGACUCCCGCUUCGUGUCGAACAGACGCUUCUGGGGACUAUUUUACCCGCAUCAGCUCAACCAAGCAGUUUAUCUGACGGCCCUGCGAUAUCGCGAGAAACGGCGAUUGUUCGUCGAUUUCAUGCAGGUCAAUACUGACAGACAUCUGGGCCGGAUCAGCGAGUUGAGCGAUCCCCGCGAGCAGCAUUGCAUGAUGAUGGUCUUUGGACUGCGCACGCUCUGGGAAUACGGAAUCACUCAUUUCCGAGCUGCCAUGCGAGACGGCGUCGCAGUUCCUGGCAUCGGCCGCUUCAGCGGCACCAUCGACGCCGAUUCGUUCAUGAGAGUCGAUUCUGACGACAAAGCCCAAGCUUACGAGUUUGACACUGGAUUAUUCGACCAUGAUUACCAGAAUGAGGACGAGGACGGCCUCGAUGCUAUGCUGAAGCGAUUCGAGGUGGAGAUGGGUUACCAGUUCCCGCGACCGGAUUCCAAUGAUAAUGGCAAUGCCAAUGCCAAUGCCAACUAA